UUGGGGACAUUUAAAACCUUGCUUCCUUGUUAGCUAUCGUAUAUAAAGCCCCAUUCUGAGCACGAUUUUAUGACAGUGCAAAUCACCACAAAGUCAUCUGAAGAUGAAGUUGCCUCUUUGUUUCCUGCUGAUCCUGGGAUGCGUGGUAGUCCAUGGCCAAUCGCCUGACUGCAAGGAGAUAAAAGAUAUUUGCUCGAAGUGCAUCCGAACACUUAAUGAUCCCUACAACAAGGUGGAAUUUAUAAAUAAAGGAUGCAGAAACAGGGUUCGAGGCAGCUAUGUUUGGACGGAUCAGAAUCUUUGCGAACUUCAAGCGAUAGCUUGUUCAGUUCCGAAUAGGGCAAUGAAUUGUGUUGUUAUCGCCGAGUUAGCCAAAAUGCGCAAAGUGACUCCAAGACCUCCAGGAUAA